AAGGAAACUGAAAAAUCCUAUCGGAGCAGCAUAACAAAACUGGCUUUACUUGUGAUCGUCACAAUCUGAAACACCUAUACACACACCUAUAGGCUAUACAUACACCUACACACACACAAACUGUUAAUCAAUCUCGAUCGAUCUUUUCUCAACGAUUUCAAUUCAAUCGAGCGUUAAUUUAAUCGAAUUCGAACAAGAUGUUUCCAGGUAUGAUGGAUCCGGAGCUGAUGAGGCUCGCGCAAGAGCAGAUGAGUCGCAUGUCUCCGAGCGAUUUGUCGAAAAUUCAACAGCAGAUGAUGUCAAAUCCGGAUUUGAUGAGGAUGGCUUCAGAAAGCAUGAAAAAUAUGAGGCCUGAAGAUUUGAAGCAUGCGGCAGAACAGAUGAAGUAUGCACGUCCAGAUGACAUGGCUGAGAUAGGGGAGAAGAUGGCCAAUGCUACACCUGAAGAUUUUGCGACUAUGCGGGCACGAGCAGAUGCACAGGUCAUGUAUGAAUUGAAUGCGGCUCAGAUGCUGAAGAAACAGGGCAAUGAACUUCACAGUCGUGGAAACUUUAGUGGUGCUUUAGAGAAAUAUUUGCUUGCAAAGAAAAACUUGCGAGGCAUUCCAUCUUCCAAAGGCAGAAGUCUCCUGUUGGCCUGCUCGCUUAAUUUAAUGUCAUGCUAUUUGAAAACAAAACAGUAUGAUGAGUGCAUAGCAGAAGGAAGUGAGGUUUUGUCUUUUGAUGCUAAAAAUGUGAAGGCCCUAUAUCGCCGUGGUCAAGCCUACAAGGAACUGGGACAGCUUGAAGAUGCUGUUUCAGAUUUAAAUCAAGCCCAUGAAGUUUCCCCUGAUGAUGAAACUAUUGCAGACGUUCUGAGGGAUGCUGAGCAGAGACUUACAGAAGAAGGUGGCGUUCCUCGGCGUAGAGGGCUGGUUAUUGAAGAAAUUACUGAAGAGGUGCAGUCUUCGUUAUCUGGAGAUAAUGAUAUUUCCAGUACAGAAUAUUCUGCGUCGGCACCAAAAGGUCCACGAGAAACCAGCCGUAGGAUUCCAUCAUCUAACACAGAGAACAUUCAAGCUUUAAAAGAUGACCCAGAAUCUAUCAGAACCUUCCAAAACUUCAUUUCUGAAGCCGAUCCAGAAACCCUAGCUUCUUUGGGUGGUGGAAAUACUGAAGGCAUAUCACCUGAUAUGGUGAAAACUGCAUCAAAUAUGAUCAGUAAGAUGCCCCCUGAAGAGCUUCAGAGAAUGCUCCAGUUAGCUUCUUCAUUCCAAGGAGGAAACACGAGUGUCAAUGAAGGUUCAAGAGAUUCCAAUUUUGGCAGUUUUGGUCCUGGACAAAUUCCUUCUAAUGUGACACCAGAUAUGCUUAAGACAGCAUCUGAGAUGAUGAGUAAAAUGCCAGCAGAAGAAAUGCAGAAGAUGUUUGAAAUGGCAUCUUCUUUGAGAGGAAAAGAUUCAGGCUCAGCUGCCACAUCCAAAUUUCAAAUGAAUGGAGUGCAAUCAAAUGGAUCAAACAGCCAUGGAUCUCGUGAACCUGUUACACUUAAUGGGGACCAUUCAAGGGAAAGCAGCUCUUCUCAAGGGUUUUUGGAUCCGAGAACUGUUCCUCAAUCAAAUUUAACAGACUUACCUCAAAACAGCUUUCCGAGCUCUAGUGCUGAUAUCCAAGAACAAAUGAGAAACCAAAUGAAAAAUCCAGCAAUGCGGCAGAUGCUAUCGACAAUGAUGCAAAAUAUGAGCCCUGACAUGAUGGCAAACAUGAGUGAACAAUUUGGAUUUAAGCUUUCCCGAGAGGAUGCUGAGAAAGCACAAGCAGCAAUGUCAUCCUUGUCACCAGAUGCUCUGGAAAAAAUGAUGAAGUGGGCAGACAGGAUACAAAGAGGAGCAGAAGGUGCAAGGAAGACAAAAGAUUGGUUACUGGGAAGGCGUGGUAUGGUGUUGGCAAUAUGUAUGCUCAUUUUUGCCGUCAUUCUUCAUUGGUUUGGUUACAUUGGCAGUUAAAAAUGACCUGUACCAGAGCAGCGGGAUUCUAACCUUUAAAAGAUAAAAAUAGUGAAAUUUAUUCAUCCGCCACGGCUCAUUUAUUGCAAGGAUUAGAAUGUCUUAUGAAGAAACGAGCGUGUUCCAGGGUGGAUUUGCAGUCUCUUGGUGGAAGUUGACAUCUACUAUUCUUUUUGUAUGUUAGUAUGAUCGAUCCAAUAAUAUAUUGGUGGUUUGUUCCCUUCUAUAUUUCAAUCUGUCGACUUGAUCUUCAGAUAACUCUGCUGGAUAUAAGCUUGAAAAAAAUUUCAGGAGUCAUGUCCGGUUUACCGAUUCUUUGAAUAGGUUAACCUGACACUGUACUGAACUACUGAUAACUACUUUCAGUUUAAAGAGGGUAAUCACCUGGUUUAUGUAAUUUAAUUGAUAUUUUAAAUGCCUUUCUAGUCGCAACUUGUAAAAAUCUUAAUGUUUGCAGAGAAAAAUCAAUUGUUAUUAUAAUUUAUUUUUUUA